UCAAAACGCACCUUGAAAUUGCGAAGAAAGAUCGUCGUUGGAAAAGUCGUACGAAAAAUUCAUCCACAUUAGUUUUGUUGCGAGUUUCCUCACGUCUGUGUAUUAAUAAUUUAGUGCCGGUGUGUUUAGGAAAGCGUGCAUAGUGGCGAAGGUUACCCCAUACCCCGCGAUGUCGUACUCCGGGAGGACUAAGUUUGAGAUAUCCCGGUUCUCGAGCGACGACGAGAGCCACAUCAACAAGAAGCUGCCGAAGGAGCUGCUGCUGCGGAUCCUCUCCUACCUGGAUGUGGUCUCGCUCUGUCGCUGCGCACAGGUUUCAAAACUAUGGAAUAUCCUGGCCCUGGAUGGGUCCAACUGGCAGAGGAUAGACCUGUUCAAAUUUCAGACUGAUGUAGAGGGUCCAGUAAUAGAAAACAUCUCACAGCGAUGCGGCGGGUUCCUUCGGCAGUUAUCACUAAGAGGGUGCGAAAGUAUAGGCGAUGGAUCCAUGAAAACACUAGCUCAGUUAUGUCCAAACAUAGAAGAUCUAAAUCUGAACAAGUGCAAGAAGAUCACAGACCAGACCUGCCAGGCGCUCGGGAGGAGGUGCAAUAAGCUGCAAAGGAUAAACCUGGACUCGUGUCCGAGUAUCACAGACAUAUCACUGAAAGCGCUCUCUGAUGGAUGUCCUCUGCUGACGCACGUGAACGUGUCGUGGUGUCAGUCGCUGACGGAGAACGGCGUGGAGGCGCUCGCCCGGAACUGCCCUAAGCUGAAGAGCUUUAUAUGUAAAGGUUGUAAGAACGUGAACGACCGCGCGGUGUCGUGCCUCGCCACCUACUGCCCCGACCUCGCCGUGCUCAACGUGCAGGGCUGCGAUAACCUAACAGACGACUCGAUCUCCCGCCUCGGCCCGUCCACGCGCCGCCUCUGCCUGUCCGGCUGCGCGCGUCUUACGGACAACUGCCUGUCGUCACUCGCCGCCAGAUGUCCCCAACUGGUGACCUUAGAGUUAGCCGGGUGCGACCAGCUGACUGAUGCGGGCUUUCAGGCGUUAGCCAGGAGUUGCCGCAUGCUGGAGCGCAUGGACCUCGAAGAGUGUGUCCUCAUCACGGAUUCAACCUUGACACAUCUUGCCAUGGGCUGUCCUAGGCUGGAGAAAUUGACCCUAUCGCACUGUGAGCUGAUCACAGACUUCGGCAUCAAGCAGCUCUCAAUGUCGCCGUGCGCCGCCGAGCACCUCACUGUGCUGGGUCUAGACAACUGUCCCCUAGUCUCAGACGCUGCGCUGGAACACCUGGCGUCGUGUCAGAAGCUGACCCUGAUCGAGCUGUACGACUGUCAGCUCGUCACUAGGAACGCUAUACGGAAACUUAGGAACCACCUCCCCAAUAUCAAAGUCCACGCGUACUUCGCCCCCGUGACGCCCCCGGCGGCGGCGGCGGGCGCGCGCCCCCGCUACUGCCGCUGCUGCAACAUCAUGUGAAACCUGCGCCGCUGCUGCGCGUUCUAGAACUAUAUAGAAUUAUCUAGAACGUUCCAGAACGAAGGAGAACGAUAGAGAAGACGGCUUUAGGUGUGAGGUAUUGUGACUGUUAAUUAAAUGGGGUUUAAAUGUGAAACUUGCGCCUGUGCUGCGCGUUCUAGAACUAUCUAGAAUUAUCUAGAACGACGGAGAACGAUAGAGAAGACGGCUUUAGGUGUGAGGUAUUGUGACUUUUUUGGUAAAGCCGUGUAGAUGGGCUGUGGAUACUGAUGUGGUACGUUCUAGAAGGAUAAAGAAGUACCGAGAAGGACACAGAAGAUGGGUGAUGGUGUGAGGUUAUGUGACUUUUUGACAAAUGGGGUGUAAAUGUGAAACUUGCACCGUGGUAGAAUGAAAAAGAAGUACAGAAAAGGACACAGAAGAUGGCUGAUUGGCUGUAGUUGUGAAUUUCUUGGACUUUUUAAUAAGCCGUGUAAAUGUGGUAGGAAUACGGUUUUGUUCUAGAACGAUAAAGAACUACCGAGGAGGACGCAGAAAAUGCCUGAUGGUAUGAAAUAUUGUGACAUUUUCUUAAAGCCGUUUGCAUGUGGAAUAUACUUUCCUAGAAGAACCAAGAAUGGCUAGAAGAAUCCAGAACGACUGAGAAAGACUGAGAAGAUGGAAAAUGGAUGAAUAAUAAUUCGGUGACUAAAGUAAAUCGACUUGACUGAAACAAAUGAAUUCGAUACUUUUAAAAACGCUGAUCACCGACUAAAUUAUGUUCUAGAAAGACUCAGAACGUUGUACUGCGAUUUUUUUACUCAAUUGAUUAAGGCACCGUGUUGAAAUCAAGUGAACUGUUUACUGACUUACCACGAUCUAGGAGAUAAGAGAACGGGACAGAAAGAAAUAGCAUGUAAAACCUAAACCUAAUGUGGGACUUCUUGAAGAUAAUAAAGGAAUAUUCCCAGAGCAAAGGUUUUAAUCAAUCCUUCUGCGGUAACAAGUGAAAACGACUUUCUAGAAACAUCGAGAAAAAUAAAUAAUAUGUGAACCAGUGAAAAAUGUACAGUCAGCUGCAUAAGUAGCUAUACACUUUAGUACCUUGUCAAUCUGAAACUGCCUAUCCAUUCAUUGAAAUAUUGACGGUUCGUCAGUUUGACAAGGUACAGAAGUGUAUAACGACUUAAGCAGCUGACCGUAUGGUCAAUAUGGUCCAUUUUCAUCCGCCUAUGUAUUAUAAUAUCAUUGUAAUUGUAAUAUCUUCUAUAAAAAAAUAUAAUAAUUUCGACUGUAGCAACAAGGUUAUCGCGUAAGUAACUAAAAAACAAAAGUACCAACUAGAAAACACCAAAAGAAAGUAAAUAAAUAUUGCAUCUACUUAAUUUAUAUUUUGUCAUGAAAGGUUCACAUAAAACGAACAUAAAUAUAUAAAUUAACAAUAGACGCCUGUAAAAUUAACUCAAAACAUGUUUAUCUUUAAAUCUAUGCAAUCAACUUGUACUUUAAGGAUGAACUCUGUUACAUAACUUGUAAAUAAAUCCAUGUCAUAAUGUUAACAUGGGAUCAUAUGUUAUGAGUAGAAAAAAAGCUGCAACGAUUAAACCUGCAUUUGUUGGUCUUAAAUACCCGAAUAAAUUGCUACAUUUUCUAAACGUAGGUUCUUAGAUGAAAAAAAAUACUAAGUACGAAAAUUAAUGAAAAAAACUCUUGAAAAAUUGUUGUUUCUAGAAUCUAGUUUUGUGAUCGACCGGAUCGCAUUCAAAUCUAAUUUUAUUGUACAUGUGUGAAAUAUCAAGUACUAUUAAACUGUAGUAAAUUAUUCUUACACUAC